UCAGCUACGUUAUUCACGUAGCUGAAGUUGCAUAUCUAAGAUCGAUUUUCCCCCAUAGUGUAGACCAGCCCUGAAUGAUUACACAGACUAGGAGGAGGCUGCGAUCUUGUGAGUUCAGGAGAGAAUGCCUGGAUGGAUUAGCACACAGAAGGUGGGUGGACAGGAAGGGUUAAAAGUUUGUACUUUUGAGUUAAUGAAAUAAGCCCCACAAAGGAGGAAUGUUGGUCUGAACAUUCUGGUCUGGGAGUAAUCUUUGCAAGACAGCAAGAGAGCGAGAAAGAGCUGCAGGUCUGCAGGACCGAGCAUGCCACAAGGGGAUGGCUCUUGGGUGGCACACCAUCACUCCACUCAAGCAUGAGAAAACCAGGAAAGGCCACAGGAACCCAGCUUGACACCUUGGGCAGCCGCAGUUCCCAUUGGCUCCAGCACCUCUUAAGAUCCAUAACCGUCUCACCGUGGGCACAUGACAUGUGAGAAGGAUUACUUAUUGACAGCUCCAAUGUGAGCUCUCAGAUGGAACAAGGGGAAGAGUUGUGGGUCCCAGAUCUCCAGGGCUGUGAGGAACAGGAGAUUUCAGGGCCUGACUCCUGUCUGGAUUCUCUCUCUGUUCCAGCAAGUGACGAGACAGUGAGUGAGAAGCAGGAAGGUCCCGAGCAAGUGGAAGCACCUGGGAUGUUAUUGGGAAGAGCUGAAAGGGAUGUUUCCCAGAGUCAUGAGCAGGGAGAAGCCUGUGAGAGUCAGUGCAGGCUGGAGAAGCAUCAGAAAAACCAGCAAGGGAAGGGAGAGAGAAAACCCACUUGCUGUGGGGAAGGACUCAAGAAACCAAAAGACAUCUCAGCCUGUCCGAGAGAAAGGAAAGGAGGUGAAAAUGGAGAUACACACACAGUGUCUGGGAAGAGCUGUAGACAGAGCUCAGAACUUAGUGUUCAGCAGACAAUCCACCCUGGAGAGAGGCCCAAUAAAUGCCCUGACUGUGAGAAAAGCUUUAGCAAGAAAUCAGCCCUUGUUAGACACCAAAGGCUGCACACAGGAGAGAAGCCCUACAAAUGCAGUGACUGUGGGAAGAGCUUCAGCGUGAGCUCACACCUGAUCACCCACCAGAGACUGCACACAGGAAAGAGACCCUACAAGUGCCUGGACUGUGGGAAAAGCUUCAGCGAGAGCUCAAACUUUAUUCAUCAUCAGAGAAUCCACACAGGAGAGAGACCCCAUAAAUGCCCCGACUGUGGGAAAUGCUUCAGAAACAACUCAGACCUCAUGAGGCACUGCCGGACCCACACAGGAGAAAGGCCUUAUGAGUGCCCGGACUGCAGGAAGAGCUUCAGUGUGAGGUCCCAUUUAGCAAGACACAAGCACCUGCAUGCAAAGGAGGAGGAGCUGGAAAGCUCCUCCCUUCUCGCACAUCAGGGAUUUCCGUCGGAUGAGAAACUCUGCACAUGCCCUGACUGCGGGAGAAGGUUCAGGGACAGCAGAGGCCUCGUCACACAUCAGAGAAUCCACAAAGGGCAGAAAUGCUACCAGUGCUCCAACUGCAGGAAAAGCUUCGGGGUGAGCUCAGCUCUUUCGGAGCACCAGAGAAUCCACGCAGACGAGAAACCCACCCUCUGUCCGGAUUGUGGGAAGUGCUUUCGUCAGAGCUCAGAGCUGCUCCUCCACCAGAUUAGCCAUGCAGGGGGAAAGCCAUACACAUGUGAGGAGUGUGGUAAAUGCUUCGCUCAGAGAUCAAAUCUCCGGGCGCACCUCAAAUAUCACACAGCUGAGAAGCCCCAUAAAUGCACCCAGUGUGGGAAGAGCUUUGUCAAGCGCUCCAUCCUGGCCAGGCACCAGAUCACCCACAUGGACCUGAAACCAUUUAAAUGCUCCGUGUGCAGCAAAAGCUUCACUCAGCUCUCCAGCCUCAGGAGGCAUGAGAGGGUCCAUGAGGCAGAGAUGCUCUCCAAGCCCCCUGACUGGGUGGCAGAAAUGAACCAUACGUUCAUCGAUUCCAGUGGGCGGGCGUGGAACUGGGCUCAAGAGUACCCGGCUGCCCAGCUGUGGGGUGAGGAGGCAGCCAUAAUCAGCCCCAAACUGAUCAGUGACCCUCGGCCUAUGCCUGGUCUGGCAAACCCCAGGCAGAGCAGGGGAGACCUCAGCCAGCCCCUUUUAAGUGCUGCUGAACUCGCUGCUGAGCUACCGAGCUCUUCUGCCUCCUGCCAGGACCAUGCAGGGAGGGAGAAUGUCUCUAUCGCCCUGGAUUGAAAGAUCCCCCGUCCCCUUAACCGCUUCCUCAGGCCGCCAGCCUCAGGAGCAGCACUAGAGGAGGGCAUUAGGAUUUCCCGAGAUACCCAGGGGGCAGGAUUGGGGGUGGUGGGAAGCAGAUUGGGGCAGCUGGCUGCUAGGGGUAUUAAGUGUCUGGGGACUAGGGGUUAAGGAAUCAUAGAAUAUCAGGGUUAGAAGGGACCUCAGGAUGUCAUCUAGUCCAACUCCCUGCUCAAAGCAGGGGGAGAAUGGCCAGGCUUAGGAUGCUCCAUUCCCCUCAGUUGGAGUCUCAACAUCUCUGAAAGCCAAUCCUGAUACUUUUAAUGACCACCAUUAGUCACUUGUGCCAUCACUUCCUGGUAAAAUCUGCUGCUUUUUUUUCACCUUUGGGCGUCUUCCCCACCCUUCUUUCCAGGUGUCCCUCCCCUGCCUCUGUUUUUCUCCUCCUGUCUUCCCGCAGCAUGUCCUCUGCUGCAGCAGUUCACACAGCCAUUACUCCCUUUCCUCCCAUCCCCUCUGCUACAAGGACUAGCAAUGACACAGUCAGGCUGGCAUGUAUAGUACCAUAGGGAUUCAGUAGAAAUCCCACCGCAAGAGGAAAGGGGGCAGGGCUUUCUGCAGACACCACUGAACCAGACUCACCUUGCAUUUGGAAGGUUCCCUUCCCUAACAAAUGAAAGCUUAGAUUCUGCAGAAUCUGGACAUGCCAGAGGGCGCACACAAAUACUUUUGGCAGCGGGAUGUUUGAUACUCCUCUCUUACAUACAAUGAUUACGGUCUGUAUGGAAAUGCUUAAGGUGACAGAGGCAGGGGCAGCUCUAGACAUUUUGCCACCCCAAGCAUGGCAUCAUGCCGCGGGGGGCGCUCUGCUGCUCGC